AUGACCACCCCUGAAUCCGCCCUCCGCACCGCCACCGUGGCCAGAAAAUGCGCCUUUGCCCAGCAGGAGUGUUGCCUUUUUAUGGAGAGCGCGGACAAUUGGCGCAAGGAUCUGCUGCUUUUGGAGAUGGAGGAUGUCGAGAGGGAUGAGGCGGAGGCAAAGGCGGAGGCAAAGGCGGAGGCAGAGGCAGAGGCAGAGGCGGAGAAAAUUAGAAUGAGGGAGCUGGAGCUGGAGGAGGAGAAGGGCGUUGAUGGAAGUGAAGAAGUCGCCAAUUAG